AUGGCAGGGUGCCCUUAUCGGGGCAGAGAGGACAUACUGUCGAGUCCUUCAAGAGGCAGUAAACAAAGACAGGAGGGUCUCUGGAGGAGCCCCUACGAUGAACCCCAGCAAUCAUGGAACCACGAUGCGCAGGACAUUCUGUUAUUCGCCCGUUCGAGACCGCGCACCACAAUGCUGUAUGCACUUCCGCCGAGUUCGAACAAUUUAAACGGGGGCGGAAACAUGUGGGGCGGAGGACCCAACGGAAACGGGGGCUCCGGCAGCGGAGCCAUCGGGAGGAACUAUUCGGCGGCCAAUAACAGGACUUCACCGACUUUUCAAAAUCGUGGUUCAGGUGCUACACAAGGCAUGCCAUCAGGAGCUAAUCGUUCGAUGCCUCAAGGUGGAAGCAUCAGUUCGAUGGGAAACAGGAACCAGAAUUCGAAUAGAAGCAAUCGGAUGCAGAACUGGUUCAAGGAAUACAGUGAAUAUGAACAAUGUUUUAAUGAGGGCAACGGCAGCGACCGCAACAGCCCCAAAGACCAAAACUACCCCAAACCAUUGUCGUCUCGCAGUGUCGGACAGGUUUUCUCUUUCGGACCAGAAAUGCCCUCCGACCAGAACGGCGACAGAAGGAACAGCAUAUCGGGGCCCCAGGACAGACCCAGUAUGAGAAACGGUCCCAAUAUGAUGGGACCCAGAGGUGUUCAGGAUGGGCCGAUGCAGAGAGGGAAUAGAGAUUUUAGAAAUAUGAGCAGCUCGGGAAUGGGCAGCUCUUCGAGGUCUGAUAUGAUGGAUCGAGGAGGAGAUUAUCAAUCUUAUUGGAAUGGUAGAGAUAAUAUGAUAUCACCUGGGUUGCCUCAGGAUGGUGCAUGGUCCAUGGAAGUUGAACAUUCUGUUAAACAUGGAUCGGGCAGUUCAAAUAACUCAGCAAGCAUUUCACCAAACAACAGCGGAUCACCAAACAGUCCAGGUAGCAACAGCCCCCAUUCCUCCCAAGACAAUUCUUCAAGCAGUCCAUCUCGCAAACGCAGAAGGCUAGUCUCCACAAGAUCUCUUCGGAUAAGAGACGAUGGGCCUAGGGAAAAUGCGACACCUUCUAGUUCUUCAAUGAACAAUCCAUCUCAGGGGAGCUGGAAUGACCAGGGGCCUCUCCUACAUCCUCCUCCACUUGUUAGACAACGUCGCAGUCCUAGGCAUCAUUUGUCUUCGAAUAAUAACAACCCGGUUGGUAAUAAUGGACUGAUUAAUGGCCAUCAGAAUGGUAAUGGUAAUGGACCUCCACAUAUGCAGAGCAGUCCACCGCCUUUGAGAAGAGCCAGAUAUCGUGACCGCAACAGUUGGCCUGAAGGAAUUACACCUCUGUUCCAGACAACAGCUCCUUCGACACAUCAACCAUCUCUGGUAGUUGAUAUAAAUGUGCCAGUUAGUUUGCCAUUGACUGCAGAUCAUAUUUGGUCAUAUCCUCCAAGACCACACAUAUCUCUAUGUUCAAAUGGACAUCCACCACAUUUGCAACCUUGUCAGGUACAUGGUAUAUACCAUGCACAAUACCCGACUAGUUGUCAACUGGGGCUGACGCAGUUUGCACCAGCACCUGGUGCCAUUGCAGUACCACAGUAUCAUCAACACAUUCCUACGAGAUCUGAUGGAGCGAUAGCAAUAGCAGAAUCUCUGGAGCAUCACCAGCAUCAUGGAGCAGGUGGCGGAGCACCUCGGGCUCCCCAAUUGUCUUCCUUGGCGCUUACUACACACUCCACAACUCCUCAAAUAGCACAGCUGUCACCUCCACCGCUGUUCAUUACUACUGAGUCUGCCCAACUAGAACUCUACCCGACGAUCCGCUCGCGUCGUGCGGCUCCCCCGAACGUAGGCCUUACCACUGCCCCUAAUGGGGGCGUAUGCUCCGUAGCCGCUAAUUCGGCUGCUGGCGGCGUCCUUCAGCAGCAGACUGCGAUGAGAAGGGCGCUCGCUCGUAUAAGGACACGCGUGGCGGUCGAGACUGCCAUCGACCUCCAUCAUCAUCAUCAGCAGCAACAGCAGCAUUGGCACCAGCAUCAGGCGCAUCAGCAGCAGAUGCAGAAUGCCGCGCAGCAUCAGCAGGCUGCGCAAGCGGCAGCCGCCCAAGCAGCAGCCCAGGCCGCCGCCCAGGCAGCAGCAGCAGCGCACGCCGCAGCCCACGCCGUCGCCGCCGUCCACCGCCACGGUCCUCCGAUCAGACGCCGCAUACAGCAGGUGACAGUACACGCGCUGAACCGCCACGGGGCCACGGCCACCGCCACAGGUCAUCACCGAUUGCACCACCACCACCAUCACCAUCAUCAUCAUCACCAUCCGAAUGGAGGUGCCGGUGGUCACCAUCACGGACCUCAACAGCCGCCGUCGGUGGCGCAGCACGCGCAACCGCCACCACCACCGCCGCCGUAUUCGGGGAUACUGCUCAAUUUCCU